CGUCUAAUACUUAAACAACUGCUGAGAUUAAAAAGAAUUAAAAGAAAUUGGUAAAAAUGGUAACUAUAGUGGCCAACAUAGACGACAUCAAAUUAAAGGCUUUGGAAGCGUUCAAGAAAGAAUUCGCUGAAAAUGCAGAUAUUUGUGUAUGUGCACCGGGUCGCGUGAAUUUAAUCGGAGAACACACUGACUACAACGAGGGUUUUGUAUUGCCGAUGGCACUACCUAUGGUCACAGUGGUAGCUGGAAAACGAAGUAACACAAAAAAAUGCAAGAUUAUCUCCCUCAGUGAGACACUAGGUUCUGAAAAUUGGGUUGAAUUUGAACUCAUCACCAGAGAAAGUAUAAAACCAGGUGAACCAAAGUGGGCUAAUUAUGUGAAAGGAUGUAUAGCACACUUUGUUUGUGAUAUACCAGCUUUUAAUGCUGUAGUUGUAUCCUCUGUACCCGUUGGAGCUGGACUAAGCAGUUCAGCUGCUCUAGAAGUGGCUACAUAUACCUUUUUAGAAGUGUUAACUGGACUGCAGUCAAAGCCAGAAGACAAGGCCUUGGCAUGUCAGCGUGCUGAGCAUGACUUUGCCAAAGUUCCAUGUGGCAUAAUGGAUCAAUUCAUUUCUGUGAUGGGUAAAGUAGGGUAUGCUCUGCUCCUAGAUUGCAGAGAUUUAACUACCAAGCAGAUACCUAUGUCACAAGCAGAAGACUAUGUCUUUCUUAUCACUAAUUCAAAUACUCCCCACAAGUUAAGCUCCAGUGCCUACUGUGAACGAAGAGAGAGCUGUUACCAAGCUGCACAUAGGCUUAACAAAAAGAGUUUGCGUGAACUAUCUGUAGAUGACAUUCAAGUGUUGCAAUCACAGAAUGUGUCUGAGGACAUGAUAAAAAGGACUCGCCAUGUAGUUACAGAGAUUCAGCGGACGAUUGAUGCAGCAGUGGCACUUGAAAAGGGAGACUUUGACAUGUUUGGGAAAUUAAUGAAUGAAAGUCAUGAUUCACUGCGAGAUGAUUAUGAGGUUUCUUCUGUCGAACUUGACACCUUGGUGUCAGCAGCAAGGGAGAUGAAAGGUGUUUUGGGUAGUCGUUUAAUUGGUGCUGGUUUUGGGGGCUGUACAGUAACCUUGCUACAAAAAAAUGUGACCAAUGAAGUCAUUAGUCAUAUAAAGUCUAAGUAUCCUGGACAAGCAACAUUUUACAUCGCACAGCCUACAACAGGAGCAAGAAUACUGUACAGAGCUUGA